AUGCAGACUGCUUCUACAAACAUUUGUGAAAGACUGUGCAAAAAGUCCAUAAGUGAAAUUUCCUUACUACUAAAUAUUCCACAGUCAACUGUUAGUGGUAUUAUAACAAAGUGGAAGCAACUGGGAACAACAGCAACUCAGCCACAAAGUGGUAGGCCACAUAAAAUGACAGAGCGGGGUCAGCGCAUGCUGAAGUGCGCAGAAGUCGCCAACUGUCUGCAGAAUCAAUAGCUAAAGACCUCCAAACUUCAUGUGACCUUCAGAUUAGCACAACAACAGUGUGUAGAGAGCUUCAUGGAAUGUGUUUCCAUGGCCGAGUAGCUGCAUCCAAGCCUUACAUCACCAAGUGCAAUCCAAAGCUUUGGGUGCAGUGGUGUAAAGCAUGCUGCCACUGGACUCUAG